UCUCAAUGUUAACAGCUUCUUCCCCCUUAAGACUACACUUCCCGGCAGGCCCUGCGGGAAACGUCCUUACGUGCGUGUGACAUCAUCGGCGUGCCCCGCUGCGUGAUUUAGAGGUAGAAGCCAAGAUGGCGGCGCGCUGGAGUAGCGAGAAUGUUGUGGUGGAGUUUCGGGACGCUCAGGCGACAGCAAUGUCUGUGGACUGUCUUGGGCAGCAUGCCGUGCUUUCUGGGCGCCGAUUCCUCUACAUUGUUAACCUGGACUCUCCCUCCAACGGGCACCGCAAGAUCUCCCGCCAGAGCAAGUGGGACAUCGGAGCAGUGCAGUGGAACCCACACGAGAGCCACGCACACUACUUUGCUGCUUCGAGCAACCAGCGAGUGGAUGUAUAUAAAUGGAAAGAUGGAAAUGAAGAGGUUGGUACCUCCUUGCAGGGGCACACGCGUGUGAUCAGCGAUUUGGACUGGGCGGUGUUUGAACCAGAUCUGCUGGUGACCAGUUCGGUCGACACAUACAUCUACAUCUGGGAUAUCAAAGAUACCCGGAAGCCUUCCGUCUCACUUUCUGCAGUGGCGGGAGCCUCCCAGGUGAAAUGGAACAAGAAGAACGCCAACUGCUUGGCCACCAGCCACGACGGGGACGUGCGCAUUUGGGACAAGCGAAAACCAGGCACUGCCGUGGAAUACUUGGCGGCACAUCUUUCCAAAAUCCACGGCCUGGACUGGCACCCGGACAAUGAGAGCGUUUUGGCCACAUCCAGCCAGGACAACUCCGUCAGGUUCUGGGAUUACCGACAGCCGCGGAAAUACCUCAAUAUCCUGGCAUGUCAGGUUCCGGUUUGGAAAGCCAGGUACACGCCUUUCAGCAAUGGCUUGGUGACAGUCAUGGUCCCCCAGCUGCGGAGGGAGAACAGCCUGUUGCUCUGGAACGUUUUUGACCUGAACACUCCAGUCCACACUUUUGUGGGGCACGACGACGUGGUGCUAGAGUUCCAGUGGAGGAAGCAGAAGGAAGGGUCAAAGGAUUACCAGCUGGUUACCUGGUCUCGGGAUCAGACGCUACGGCUGUGGCGCGUGGACGGCCAACUACAGCGGCUGUGCUCCAAUGACCUCCUGGAUGGAGUGGAGGAGCUCAUUGAUGGGAUCUCUCUGAUGCCGGAGGCGGACAAGGCCCUGCCUUCCCAGGACACCGAGCCCCAGCAGAACUCCAACCAGGGCGAGGAGGAAGUCUUAAAAGAUGACUCCCAGAAGAGCCUCCUGGUGGGGAAGAAGCUGGACCAACUGGGGCUGCCCCAGACUCUGCAGCAGGAGUUCUCCCUCAUCAACGUUCAGAUCCGAAAUGUCAACAUGGAGAUGGACGCAGUGAAUCGCAGCUGCACGGUCUCUGUGCACUGCAGCAACCACCGGGUCAAGAUGCUGGUGAUGUUCCCUGCCCAAUACCCCAACAAUGCCGCCCCCUCUUUCCAGUUUGUCAGCCAGACCACCAUCCCUUCCACCAUGAAGGCCAAGCUGCUCAAGAUCUUGAAGGAUACCUCCAUGCAGAAAGUGAAACGGAACCAGUGCUGCCUGGAGCCAUGUCUACGCCAGUUGGUCUCCUGCCUGGAGUCUGUCGUGAACCAAGAGGACAGCUCCUCUGGCAACCCCUACUCCGUCACGCCGCCUUUACCAACCUUCCCCCGGGUCACCAAUGCCUAUGGUUCCUAUCAGGACUCCAAUAUCCCUUUUCCCCGCACCUCCGGAGCACGGUUUUGCGGGGCAGGGUAUUUGGUGUAUUUCACCAGACCUAUGACGAUGCACCGUGCUGUCUCCCCAACAGAACCAACACCCCGAUCCCUGUCGGCACUCUCGGCCUACCAUAGCGGCCUCAUCACUCCCAUGAAGAUCCGGACAGAGACCCCCGGCAACUUGCGCUUGUAUGGCGGGAGCCCCACCCGCAGCGAGAAGGAACAGGUCUCCAUCAGCUCCUUCUACUACAAGGAAAGGACGUCUCCUUGCUCCGCCGGACGGCGUUGGUCCAUACAAGCCAUUAAUGACUUUCCGAAAUCGCGAAGAUGGAAGAGCAAACGGGAAGGGACCGACGCCAGCAACCGGCCUAUCAAAGCCGCUGGGAAGGUGAUCAUCCAGGACAUCUCUUGCCUGCUCCCGGUCCACAAAUCGCUCGGGGAGCUGUACAUACUCAACGUGGCUGACAUCCAGGAGACCUGCCAGAAGAACGCAUCCUCAGCGUUGACCGUCGGGCGGAGAGAUCUCUUGCAGGUCUGGUCACUGGCCACGGUAGCCACCGACCUCUGCCUCGACCCGAAUUCCGACCCAGACUUGGAGACCCCUUGGGCCCAGCAUCCGUUUGGUCGCCAACUCCUGGAGUCUUUGGUGGCCUAUUACUGCCAGCUCCACGACGUGCAGACCCUGGCCAUGCUGUGCAGCAUCUUCGAGGCCCAGGCCAGGCCCCAGGGAUCCCUCAGCCCCACUGGACUCCUGCCUCAGCGCAUCUCCAGCCACAGCCGAUAUCCCAGCUUCACCUCCUCAGGGUCUUGUUCCAGCAUGUCAGACCCCGGGCUUAGCACCAGCAGCUGGAAUAUAGCAGCAGUUAACAAAGAGGCGGAACACACUCCGGCCUGGUGCGAAUCAUCGCCCGAAGACUUCCGCUUUGGGAAUUUGGCCUACGCUGACCACCGAGAUCGAGAGAAGGACCAGCACGACAGGAACAAAAGGCUUCUGGAUCCAGCCAACGCCCAGCAAUUUGACGACUUCAAGAAAUGCUACGGAGAAAUCCUAUAUCGCUGGGGCCUGAGGGAGAAGCGAGCCGAAGUGCUCAAGUUUGUCUCUUGCCCCCCGGACCCUCACAAAGGCAUUGAGUUUGGCGUCUACUGCAGCUACUGCCGCAGCGAAGUGCGGGGCAUCCAGUGCGCCGUCUGCAAGGGCUUUGCCUUCCAGUGCGCCAUCUGCCACGUGGCCGUGCGGGGCUCCUCCAACGUCUGCCUAGCCUGCGGUCACGGGGGGCACACCAGCCACAUGAUGGAGUGGUUCCGCACCCAGGAGGUCUGCCCCACGGGCUGCGGGUGCCACUGCCUCUUGGAGAGCACAUUCUGACCCUGCGUCAGGACAACUAACCUCAAGAUGGGGUCUCUAGUAGUGGGGUCCCUAUUGAAAAGCCACAGGUGACUCUGGCUUCCUUGGGUCCUUAGGAGGCGAUCGGGUCGGGUCGGGUGAGUGGUGGUCUUGGGCGCUCUGUGGGGAUUUCCUGCCUCAAGAAAAGCCGUACGAGAGGCAGCCAUUGCAACGGGGACGGACCAAAGCUAAUUAGGUCUAUAAUGUGAUGUGGGAGGAUCAGGGUAGACCCCUAAGUCAGUGGCCACACGUGGGAUGGUAUUAGUAUCACUCCUUCCUAAAACUGCCUUUUCCUUGGCCUUUGGAACUUUUUGGUAUUUUGCAGGGAUGGAAGGACCAAAGCGGAGACAGCUUCCUUUUCAAACAUGAUGUCACUUCCUUUUUUGCCAUUCCUUCCUGUGAAAAUGUGUGACGUCGGUGUGCAAAAUGCGAGCGUUGCGGCAGAAAUGUCAUUUCUCUUCCAUCAAAAUAGCUCAAUUGACAGAACGUCGUGGGUCUGCACGAUCCGUUCCCUUUUUUUGACAAAUCAUGGUGAUACCUCAGUGACUUAGGGCACGUGUGUGUGAGAGAGAGUGUGUAUGUGUGUGCUUUUGCCCCUGUUUCCAAGGGACGGUAAAAAUUGCAGGAUGGGAAUCGACCAGUUUGAUGCAAACGGGGUCUGAGAACUCAGAAAGCACCCAUGAUGGUUAGGAUGAGUUUUUGAUGCUGAAAUGCUUUGUAGUUUUGUUAGAGGGAGCCUUCUUCUAACAGAAAAUUCACAAAAAGAAUUAUUUUUGUACAAAUCUGGGUUCAAGAUCUUUCAAAUUGGGUCUGGAGCUUCUGAAUCUGGACUUGCUGAGCUCCUCAAGAGCAUGGAAGCUGCCUACGGUGUCAUUUCCAAAACGUUGUAGUUGCGGGAGUGUGUUGUGUACAUUCUGUAAUAAAAUGAGAGCUUUUUUCUAAA